UAUCUUUCUCCAUCAUUUCCCUGGCCAAAACACAUAAUAUAAUGCUCUCCGGCUUCUUUCUCUCGCCUCUGCUGCCGGAUAUCUGACGCCGACAUCUUCCGUUGGCGAGCGGAUUGGAGCAUAUCUUCCCAACCCGCGGCGCCAAACUCGAUCAUCAGCAGAAUGCCACCGUCGACCACCACGGCCACCAAUAACAACAUGGCGGAGGAGGAGGAUGGAUUCUCCGACGUCCUCGUGUGGCCGUUCGGAAGAGUCGAAGGUUUGGACAACGACGAUUUCCGGGAGGCCGCGUACGAGAUAUUCUUCACGGCGUGUCGCGGGUCUUCUCCGGCCUUUGGUCGGGGAGCUUCGCAACCGGAGGCAUUGGAUGGAACGGUUCCCGGAUCGCCGGCGAAGGCUCAAGGGGUCGGGGUGGGAAUGGCGGUGACCAGCCGGGUGAAGACAGCGUUAGGGCUGAAAAUGAUGAAACGGUUGCCGUCGCGGAGGGCGAGCUCGGGUGGGCCCAUUGCCGCCCCAUCAUCGCCGAGUGGGUCCCCGGGUUUGCAGGCGCGGGGAAAGAGGCCUAUGACAUCUGCGGAGAUAAUGCGGCGGCAGAUGAGGGUGACGGAGCACAGCGAUAACAGGCUCCGCAAAACUCUCCUCAGGACUCUUGUUGGCCAAAUGAACAGAAGAGCAGAGACAAUCAUCCUCCCAUUAGAAUUACUACGCAAUCUCAAACCGUCCGAAUUCAAUGACCCACAUGAGUAUCAUGUAUGGCAGAAGAGACAGCUCAAGAUCCUUGAGAACGGCCUCCUCUGCCACCCUUCUAUCCCACUGGAGAAGUCCAAUCCUCACGCCACCCGUUUUAAGGGAAUCAUCCAGGUCGUCGAGACCAAGUCGAUUGACACCGGAAAGAACUCUGAGCUCAUGAAAACCCUCAUGAAUUCAGUUGUUUCCUUGGCGUGGCGAAGCCCGGAUGGAUCCCUCAUUGACGUUUGCCACUGGGCCGAUGGCUAUCCACUUAAUGUCCACAUCUACAUUGCACUUCUCUGCAGCAUCUUUGAUUUGAAAGACGAGACACGAGUCCUGGAUGAGGUUGACGAGUUGUUGGAGUUGAUGAGGAAGACUUGGUUAACGUUGGGGAUAAACAGGUCAAUUCACAAUCUCUGUUUCACUUGGGUUCUUUUCGAACAAUAUUUCAUAACAGGACGGGUGGAGAACGAUCUCCUAGGAGCAUCGUUGGCAAUGCUUGCCGAAGUCUCAAAUGAUGCGAAAAAGGCUGACAAGGAAGCUCUGUAUGUCAAGAUGCUGGGUAAUGUUCUGUCAUCUAUGAAACAGUGGUCCGAGAAGAAGUUGUUGUCUUACCAUGAAAGCUUCAACAGCGAAAAUGUUGGGUUGUUAGAAAUUGUUGUCUCUUUGGUUUUCUCCAUCACCAAAAUAUUGGAAGACGAUGUUCCUGGCUAUGCUACUACUCUUGUUGGAAGAAAAGCAUCUGCAGAGAACUCUGCAGGAAAUCGGGUGGAUCAAUACAUCAAAUCAUCUAUCAAAAGAGCAUUUUCAAAGAUGCUAAAAGAACGGAAAAUAGAUUCAGAAGCAUCUGAAUUGAGUGACACACUGACAAGAUUAGCUGAUGGGACGGAAGAAUUAGCAGCCAAGGAGAGGAAACUGUACAGUCCAGUACUAAAGAAAUGGCACCCAGUGGCAGCAGGAGUGGCAGCAGUGGCAUUGCACGAGUGUUAUGGGAAAAUGCUGAAGCAGUACUUAUCGGGUGUCACGUCUCUCACUAACGAAACAGUUCUCUUAUUGCAGAAAGCUGGAAAGCUUGAGAAGGUCUUGUUUCAGAUGGUGGCUGGAGACUCGGAGGAAUGUGAGGAUGGGGGGAAAGCUAUGAUUAGGGAGAUGGCCUCUUAUGAAGUCGACUCAAUGGUCAAAACCUUGUUAAGAAAAUGGAUUCAGGAAAAAUUGAAGAAGUGCAGGGAGAUUGUUAAAAGAGCAAAAGACACCGAGACAUGGAAUCCAAAAUCCAAGUCAGAACCCUAUGCUCAGUCUGCAGUGGAGCUAAUGAGGCAGGGCAAGGAAAUAGUGGAUAGUUUCUUUGAGAUUCCGGUUAGCAUCUCUGAGGAUUUUGUCAAAAGUCUUGCCAAUGGCUUUGAGCUGAUUGUCUGCGACCUAAUUACUUUCACCAUGUCAUGUGGAUCAAAACAGACUUACAUACCUGCAUUACCUCCCCUAACAAGGUGUAGCAAAGACUCGAAAUUUUCCAGGCUGUGGAAGAGAGCUGCCUGUAGGGUGGGAGCAGAAGGUGACUGCGAAAUGUCCAUCAACGAAGGAAACCACCCCCGCCCUUCAACAAGCCGCGGAACGCAGCGCCUUUACAUAAGGCUGAACACAUUGCAUUACAUCCUUUCCCACCUAAAUUCCCUAGAAAAAUCCCUUUCCUUGAAUCCGAAGCUCGUACCUUCCCCGAAAAGGACCAGUAUCUCUUCUACUUACUUUGACAAGGCGCGCUCAACCGUCCAAAUAGCUUGCCAACACGUGUCGGAAGUUGCAGCCUACCGCCUGAUCUUCUUCGAUUCCAACUCGGUGUUCUACGGAAGCUUAUACCACAGAGGUGUCGAGAAUUCUCGAAUACGGCCGGCGGUGAGAACAUUGAAGCAAAACCUAGCGCUAUUGUGCGCGAUCGUAGUAGAUACGGCUCAACCAACGGCGAUAAGGGAAGUGAUGAAGGCUUCAUUCGAGGCCUAUCUAAUGGUUCUCCUGGCCGGAGGGAGUUCGAGAGUGUUCAACAGAUCGGACCAUGAGAUGAUCGAGGACGACUUUGAACACCUGAAACGGCUCUUCUAUACGUGCGGCGAAGGACUGAUGGCGGAAGACGGCGUGGAUAAGGAGGCGCAGGCGGUGGAUGGGGUGGUGGCGUUAAUGGGCCAAUCCACUCAACAAUUAGUGGAAAAUUUCAGCCUUUUGGCCUGUGAAGCCAGUGGGAUAGGCCUAAUGGGCCCGGGUCAGAGAUUGCCCAUGCCCCCAACAACAGGAAGAUGGCACAGAUCAGAUCCAAACACCAUAUUAAGAGUACUUUGCUAUAGGAAUGACAAAUUUGCAAAUCUAUUUCUUAAGAAGGCUUUCCAACUUCCUAAGAGGAGGGGCUAAAAUACAUUUAUUGAGAAAAUGUUUCUUUUUUGAGGGAAUCUGCAGAUUAGUUUGUCUACUUAAUUAGGUAUGACAAAAUCAUAUUUUUAAACACUCAUUUAAUUGAAAAACAUAUUUUUGUUCAAAAAAUCAUAUUGCAUGUAAAAUUCCGGGUGGUCAAUAGUUUUCUUAAUGUAAUGUAAAUUAUGUAAUGAAGCAUUGGUUAAUGGAGUUUGGGAGAGAAGUACAUUGAUCUUCACAUCUUUCCUAUGUGUU